AUGGCGCACCCAGCGGAUGAAGAAUCGCUCAACACGAUAACGAGCACCAGCAGCGAGAGAACGCCGUUGUUGGAUCCAGAACGGCAAUCUGAUAAUGCGUCGACCAUAUCGAACCAUGAGCCUCUCCUACCAAAAGCCAGUCAUGCCAUCGAUGACGAUGUGAAGCCUGAAGCCUCAACGCUGGGCCGCAAAAUCGGCUGGAGCAGCGCCUAUAUCCUUGUGAUCUCACGCGUUAUCGGCUCUGGUAUAUUCGCCAUGCCUGGAAUCAUACUCCAAGACGUCGGCAGCCCUGGCCUGGCACUGACGCUGUGGGUACUUGGAGCGCUCGUUGCGUGGGCUGGCCUGGCCAUCUCCAUUGAAUAUGGGGCUAUGCUGCCACGGUCGGGAGGCGUCAAGGUCUACCUGGAGUAUACCUAUCGGUGGCCCAGGUUCCUCGCGUCCACCAUGGUGGCGGUACAGGCCGUGCUACUCGGGUUCACAGCAACGAAUUGCAUCAUAUUCGCGAAGUACAUUUUGUUUGCCGCCAACAAAGAGCCAACAGACCUGACCACGAAGGUACUUGCAGCGGGACUUCUCACCCUCAUCACUGUCAUCCACGGAGGCUUCUACCGGACUGGCAUUUGGAUCCAGAACGCCCUUGGAUGGCUGAAGAUAUCGCUGACCAUUUUCAUGAUUGCGACCGGCAUCUUGGCGACGUUGUUCUUCAGCCAUCGCCAACCGUUGUCAACUUGGGACGGCAUCUGGGUGGACUCGAACUGGGAACUGAAUACCCUUUCUACUACGCUGUUCAAGGUCCUCUACUCGUUCGCUGGCCUCGAGAAUGUCAACAAUGUCUUGAACGAAGUCAAGAACCCGGUCCGGACUGUCAAGACUGUAGGCCCUGCUGCACUUCUUACGACCCUUGUCCUAUACCUUCUCAUCAACAUCGCUUAUCUGUCGGUGGUCCCGCUGGACCAGCUCAAGCAAAGCCGAGAGCUGAUCGCUGCGCUCUUCUUCGAGAAUCUUGGCCUUGGCCGUGCCUUCCUUCCAGUGGCGAUUGCAUUAAGUGCAGCUGGAAAUGUAAUGGUUGUGACGUUUAGUUUGGCUCGUCUGAACCAAGAGAUUGCGAGACAAGGCUUUCUUCCCUGCCAGCGUCUACUGGCAUCGAACGAACCUUUCGGCUCUCCGCUUGGUGGGCUCAUUGUACACUACAUUCCCUCCCUUUUGGUCAUUGUUCUCCCACCUUCAAGUUCAGUGUACUCAUUCAUUGUGGACGUCGAGCUCUAUGCCGCGCAGUGGUAUGGUCUGGCUGUGACAGCGGGGCUUGUCUUACUCCGUUACAAGAAGCCCGACCUCAAACGCCCUUUCAAGGCCUGGCUCCCCGCAGUGUGGUUUAGGGUAUUUCUGGGGAUCUCUCUCAUCCUUGCGCCCCUGUUUCCACCCAAAGAUGGUGCAUCUGACGUGGGCUUCUUCUACGCCACAUAUGCGCUGGUGGGCCUUGCGGUUAUCAUCUUUGGCUUCCUCUAUUGGUACGCAAUGGCUGUCGCCAUCCCGCGUUACCGAGGCUACGUGCUUGAGGAAGAAUUCCAUACGCUCAAAGACGGCACUGCGAUCACUAAACUCGUACAUAGGCCAGCAUAG